AUGCGUAGCACGCAGCUGUACGCAAGUGGCAGCGACCCAAGCGAUCCUUACAAUGCCUAUAUUGACAAGUCCUUAACCGUGAAAGGAGCACCGGAUGGGCCGCUAAAAGGGCUGGCGUUUGCAGUCAAGGACCUCUUCGACGCUCUUUUGGAUGCUGGCGCUACACUACGCGGCAAGACGCACAUGGACGAGCUGGCGUACAGCUUGAACGGCGAAAACAUCCACUAUGGCACGCCGAUCAACCCCGCCGCGCCGGGACGCAUCCCGGGAGGCUCUUCGUCGGGAUCCGCGUCCUGGUCCUGGUCCCGUGCUUGCAUAUGGUAUGGAGUUGAUAAAACAGACCUAGGUAAGGUGGCGGUGGCGGCGGGUGACGUGCCGGUGGCGCUGGGAAGUGACACGGGCGGCUCGGUACGAGUGCCGGCGGCGUACUGCGGGCUGUACGGUAUACGGCCCACAUGGGCCCGGACGAGUUUGGCGGGGGCACGCCCCCUGGCGCCGUCUUUUGAUACUGCCGGAUGGUAA